CACUAGAGAAAAAUGUAAACAAAACAAAGUCUUAUCAAACCAGCUUGUUGCAAUUUUCAUUUGUAACGACGUAAAUAAACGUGGUUAAAGUUUUCCUAUUCCCAAUAAACGUCUCAAUGGGGACCACUUCCGAAGGGAUUAAGGUGCAGCGUUCCAUACAUGAUCCCAGAAACCCGUUGGUGUAUCUGGAUGUAAAAGUUGGCCAAGAGAGUGUUGGCCGGAUCGUGAUAGAACUGCGGGCAGAUGUUGUACCGAAAACGGCCGAAAAUUUCAGAGCCCUGUGUACGGGUGAGAUGGGUAUAUCAUCGACGACGGGCACACGGCUUCACUACAAGGGUACUCCGUUUCAUCGGGUGAAAUCAUUGUUCAUGUCACAGGGUGGAGAUAUCGUAAACUUCAACGGAACCGGCUGCGAAAGCAUCUACGGGGACACAUUUGAGGACGAAAAUUUCACCCUGCUGCACGAGGAUGGUGCUGUAUCGAUGGCAAAUUUGGGAAAACCACACAGCAACAAUUCCCAGUUCUUCAUAACGUCCGGCGAAUGUCCACACCUGAACGGGACGAACGUGGUGGUUGGGUACGUGAUACGGGGUGGUAGCAUUAUCGGCGAAAUGGAACGGCAUUCCACCGACGAUGGUCACCCAUUUGUGCAGAUCAUCAUAGAAGACUGUGGACAGAUAGCACCCGGUGAGGAUUGGUGCAUACACGAUGAUGAUGACGAGGUUGACCCUUUGCCACCAUUUCCGGACGAUUGGAACAGAUUCUAUGAUGAGUUUACGGUCGAUGAAAUGCUUCAGUACCUUAAUGCAAUCCGAAGCGUUGGCAACCGGUACUUCAAGGCGGAUCAAUUCGUACGGGCAAAUCGGCGUUACAAGAAGGCGGAGCGGUACUACAAUUUCUUCACCAACCAGCUGAACAAACUGUCGCCGCGCAGGGAAGGCCAUCGUGCACUGCUAACCGAAUUUCACUUGCUAAACUGUCUCAACCAAGCCGUCGUACAGUUACGGCUAAAGGAAUACGCAGGCGUUGUGUACGCGUGCACCACAGCGCUUUCCAUCGAUCCGGACAACACGAAGGCACUGUACCGACGUGGGAUGGCAAAUAACGAGCUGCGAAACUACGAGCAAGCGUUGGAUGAUUUGCGAAAGGCGCUGAAGCGAAUACCGGACGAUCGGAUGAUACAGAACGAGUACGAACGCACACGGAAAAAUCUGCAGGAGUACACAAACCAACAGCGGAAAGCUUUUGCCAAAAUGUUCCACUGAGGAAGGAAGCCUGUGUUUACUCCAGCAGAAUCGUACCGACCCGGUUGAAGAGUUCAGGAGUAGUAACACGUCCGCUACACUUUUUAUACUUACUUGCAUGUACGUCGUCUUUUAACUGUUUCACUAAGGAACUGUUCAGUUCCCUAGUCUCAGAUGAGUGUUGUUAAUAAAUGUUAUAAAUGUAAUGUACGAUGGAGAAAAAAACGAAUGGACUCUAUUGCCAUAUUGCAUAUUGAUGUUUUGUAGGGCAUGAAUGCAAAACUCAUACGCACCAUUGUAAAAAUGAUAGUUUUAUUGAAAAUUAUAUCGCAUGAAGAUGUUUAAUACCAUUAUAA